AGCAGCACAGGAGACUGAAGCUGAAACAACAGAGACCUGCAGCACCACACCUGACACUCUCCAACCACAAGGAUGCUUUGCUUUGCGUGCAUUUUCCUGCUGCUGACCCUGAGCAGAGCGGGGCUGGGCUCCCUGCAGGACAAGCAGACUGACUUUGGCCUGAAGGUUUUCCUCCAGCUCAGCCAGGACUCCGUGGACAAGAACGUGGUCUUCUCCCCGUACGGCGUGGCCUCGGUCCUGUCCAUGGCUCAGCUCGGUGCGGCGGGAAACACCAACAAGGCCUUGACUGCUGCUCUGGGCUUCUCUCUGCGAGAGCGAGGGCUGUCACGGCAGCAGCGUCUCCUGCAGCGGGAUCUGUCCAGCGAGGAAGGGGUGGAGACAGCCAGCGGGGUGAUGGUGGAGAGGAAGAUGAGUCUGGAGAAGGGGUACCGCCGGGCCCUGGCCAAGGCCUUCCAGACCCACCCUCACCAGGUGGACUUCACUAAGCCAGACCAGGCAGUCAACAUCAUCAACUCGUGGGUCUCAGACCACACUGCAGGAGCCAUCCCUGAGUUCUUGGCAUCUGGAUCUCUGACUGAUGAGACCCGCCUGGUCCUCCUGAACGCUCUCCACUUCCAGGCCCUGUGGAAAGUCCCCUUUGACCCCAAACUGACACAGGAGAGGAUGUUCCACUGUGCCAACGGCAGCGCUGUACCUGUGCACAUGAUGAGACUCACAAACCAGUUCAACUACGGUGAGUUUGUCACCACUGACGGGGUGGACUAUGAUGUCAUUGAGGUCCCGUAUGAGGGUGACUCCCUCAGCAUGUUCCUGGUGUCACCCUUUGAGCCUGAGGUCCCGCUGAACGUGCUCAGUGCGGAUCUGAGCAGCCAGAAGAUUCAGCAGUGGAGAGCAGAACUGAGGAGCGCAAAGAGGCAGCUGGCCAUGCCCAGGUUUACUCUGGACUCUGAGGUGAACCUGAAGACGGCUCUGAUGAAGAUGGGUCUGAAAGACAUGUUCAACCUGGCUAAUGCUGACUUCACACGCAUCACCACUGAUGAGAGGCUGUGUGUGUCGAAGGUCCUCCAGAGAGUCAAGAUCGAGGUGAAUGAAAGAGGAACCGAGGGAGCAGCGGCAACAGCUGCCAUCAUGUUUUCUCGUAUGGCGGUGGAGGAGAUCACUCUGGAUCGACCCUUCCUCUUCCUCAUCCAGCACAAACACACAGGUGCUGUUCUGUUCAUGGGUCAGUUCAACCAGCCUGAGCUACAAUAACCCCCUGAAGACCCUUCACCAAUUGUGUCUGACUACUGCUGCUCACACAUGAUGACCACACACACACGAUUUACACAUACAUGAUGAACACACACACACGAUGAACACACACGAUGACGAACACACACAAUGACCACACCACGAGUCACAUGACUGUUUAUGCGUCCACGGACUACACACAGACAGGUUCAUUUUAAAGAGCUGAGACACUCGACAGAGGUUUGACUGGACACAGUGGGAAGAGAAAUUGAGUUUAUAUGUUUGUGUUUAUUUAUUUCUCUGAAUGUUUGCAGACACAGAUAUGAAGGAAAAUGAACAAACUAGUUUCUGGUGUGUGACACUGAUGCACUUCACAUAGACAGACUGACGCUACAUUCGGACCAAAAAAGAUGUAUUUUAUCUAUUUUUACAGUGUUAAUGUCUAUUUUUACCUUGUUGUUGUUGUUCAGUUACAUUUGUAUUU